CCAACCUCCAAGGCCUCGUGGCAAUCCCAGACCUUUUUCACACUUUCCUCGUCGGCUCUCCUUUCACAGCAUCACUUCCCGCACUGUGCACGAGUUCACCAAUCUUCCCACAUCCUUCCAAGCAUCAGAAUUCCCUCUCCAUCCGAUCGCCAGCACCAGCAAGUUUUAUUGGGAACUCCUGGUGUACAUAGUCGAUCAAAUAAAGCUGCAGUGAAAAGAAAAGAAGAGCUGUUCUGAAAAGUGAAAACACACUUGGACACGUCCUGCGUAAGUGAAGCAAGCAAGCACAGAAAGUCCGCACAGUUUAGGCACACAAACCAUCAUGUCUGCCUCUCCGUCUGCGUUGCAAUCGACCAAGCGUCCGUUGGAGGACCCUUCCUCUCCCUCCGGUCCUAAUGAUCAGCCGGAAGCCAAGCGUCCUGCGUUGGACAAAGUAGUAAAGGGCGAUGAGUCCGAGGCGUAUGCCGAUGUGAAAACGAAUGCGCCGGCUGCGACUGCUGAUGGCCAGGGCGACACUGUGGUCCCCGAUGCUCCUAACUCCAAGGGCGCUCAGGAGACACAACCCAUUCAGUCGACGGCCUCUCACGCCGAGUCGACCGGUGCCCAAUCCGAGCAACACCGUCCCCAGGAUGAGUCUAGCUGGAUUCACAUUCGGGCUGUAAUCUCCAGCCAGGAGGCUGCCACCGUCAUCGGUAAAGGUGGGGAGAACGUAUCCCAGAUCCGUCGUCUGUCCGGCGCCAAGUGCACCGUCAGCGACUAUUCCCGUGGUGCCGUCGAGCGUAUCUUGACCGUGAGCGGCCCCCAGGAUGCUGCUGCGAAGGCCUUCGGUCUUAUUAUUCGUACCUUGAACAAUGAGCCCCUUGAUGCCCCUUCUACUGCCCAAUCCAAGACAUACCCCUUGCGUUUGUUGAUUCCCCAUAUUCUCAUUGGCUCGAUCAUUGGCAAGGGUGGGAGCCGUAUCCGAGAGAUCCAGGACGCCUCUGGUGCACGUCUCAACGCUUCUGAUGCUUGCCUUCCCCUGUCUACUGAACGGUCCCUUGUUAUUCUCGGUGUUGCUGACGCAGUGCACAUCGCUACCUACUACGUUGCCGUGACUCUCGUCGAGCAGCUGACAGAACGCUUCGGCGGCCCCGCUGCCUCGGCCUAUGCCACCCGCAGCGGCGGUCCUGCUGGCGCUGUGCCUGGCGGCAUGCAGGUUGUGCCGUACGUGCCUCAGCCCGCUGGUGGGCAGUACGGCCAUCCCGACACCUUCAAGCGUCACCACCCUCACCCCAACCGCGGCGCAGCUGGCGGCUAUGGCGUUCCUUACCUCCAGGGCCCGGCAGCGCAAACUCCUGUAGCCCAGCCCUCGAUGCCCUACGGUGCUACUCCCCACACCCCGUAUGCUGGCGCUGGCCCGCACCAGCCCGCGCCCUACGGUGCGCCUCAGGCGGCCGCCGCACAGGCUCGUGGUGGGCCGACGCCUGCCGCUCCCGUCGGCGGUGUCAUGCCCGGCCAGCCACUGACCCAGCAGAUCUACAUCCCCAACGACAUGGUUGGCGCCAUCAUUGGAAAGGGAGGAGCCAAGAUCAACGAGAUCCGUCAUCUGAGUGGCAGUGUCAUUAAGAUCAACGAGCCCCAGGAGAACAGCAACGAGCGUCUGGUCACGAUCACCGGUACCCAGGAGUGCAAUCAGAUGGCGCUCUACAUGCUCUACUCGAGACUUGAAAGCGAGAAGCAUCGGAUCUAGGCUAAGUGAAUUCAUCCUGUUUCUGUUCCCGCCGAUGAAUCGGUUUGCUGUCUUUCUGCUUUGCGACUACUCCAAUAGGUAUCCGUUAUAUUCCGGUGGCUCUGAUAGUUUGGUUUGGGUUCCGUCUAUAUUUUUCUUUCGGGGUCUGCGCGUUUUGUUUUCCUCAAUCUCUUUUGUGUGUACUGUAUUUAUUUGGAAAAGCGCUGUUUAAUUAAUAAUACCUUUCCCAUAACCCUUCCCUACCCUACCAUACUACACGUCAUAUU